CCUCAGAGGGUGCAGAGACAGUCAAACAGCAGGAGAGAGAAGGUGUGUGUGAAAGUGAGUGCUGGUGAGAGUGUGGACAUUAUACAGGGAGAAUUUCAUUUCUAUUUGAGAGAUUUUUUAUUUAUUGGAAAAAAAAAAACAUAUUAAUCCAGUAUUGGAGAAUUGCUGUAUAGUCUUCCCAGACAUCACGGUCUGCAAUGAAGAUGCUUCUCAUACUCCUUUUCAUCCAUGUAGCGGCUUCCAUUCCUGCUUAUAGGGCAAACUGUAAUCUCGAUAAAAUACAAAUUUCUGGAGGUAGUUACAGUGUAAAUGAAGAUGGUAAUGUCGUCACAUACAGCUGCCCCAGUGGAAUGUACCCCCACCCAGGAACCAUACGAGAGUGCCUGAGUUAUGGAUGGACAAAACAGAAUGCAAAGUUUGUCUGCAAAAACAUUCGCUGUCCCAGUCCUGCAAUGUUUGACAAUGGAGAGUAUCACCCCAACAAACCUUUAUACAAUAUCGGAGAUGUUCUUCAAUUUGAGUGCUGGUCAGGAUUUGAAUUGAAAGGGUCAGUAAACCGUACUUGUCAAGUGAAUGGAAAAUGGAGUGGAAAAACAGCUAUCUGUGAGGACAAUGGUGGAUACUGUCCUAACCCUGGAGUCCCGAUUGGCACCACUAAAACGGGAAUUUCUUAUGGAGUGGAAAACAAAGUGUUUUACAAGUGUAGUCAAGGAUUCGAUAUGUUUGGGUCAAGUGUGAGAGAAUGCACAGAGGACAAGUAUUGGUCUGGCACGGAACCUUCAUGCAGGGAGUGGUACACAUUUGACACACCAGAGGAAGUGGCCGAGAUGUUCUCUGCUACCCUGGCAGCUAAUAUUGAAGCGGCUGACCCAGAUAAAGAAGGGAAAGAUAUCAGCAAACGAAAACUUCAUGUAAAGAAGGUAUAUCCCAUGAAUAUAUUUAUUAUCCUGGAUGCAUCAAAAAGUGUUAAAGAAGAAGACUUUAAUACUGCCAAGCAGAGCAGCAUAACGUUCAUAGAGAAGGUUUCCAGCUUUGAUAUCGAACCCCGAUACGCAAUUAUCUCUUAUGCUUCUGAGGCAAUCCCAGUUGUCCGUCUGUCUGAUGAAGAGAGUGUGGAAGCAGAUAAAGUGAUAGAGAAACUGUAUGAGUUUAAGUAUGGAGCCCAUGGAGAUAUGAAGGGAACUAACACCAGAUCUGCCUUUCGUAGUCUAUAUGAGAUGUUGGUUUUGCAGGAGCUGAGAGAGAAAGCUCAAUUCAUGAAGAUCCGAAAUGUCAUUCUGCUCUUGACAGAUGGAAAGUAUAAUAUGGGUGGAGAUCCUAAGGUGGAGCUAGAGAAAAUCAAACUUUUCCUGGAAAUUGGAAAAUCACGGGAAGACUUUCUGGAUGUGUAUGUCUUUGGUUUGGGGGACGGUACCGAUAACAACGAGUUGAACGUUCUUUCAUCAAAGAAGCCUAAUGAACAGCACACGUUCCGCCUGCAGAAUAUAGACCACAUGAAGAAGGCGUUUGACAGCAUAAUAGGUACAAAUAAUAUUGAUACUUCAGCCAAGUCAUUUAUCAGCAUGUCUAACCAGUCUACACAAGGAGAUGAUUUGUCGGUGGCCAGCACUCCACUCAGAUCAGGCUCACAGAGACGUACCGAUCCACCAAGUCCAGCUUCCAGCUAUCGGUCCUGGACUAUCCCCAAGAUCACCUCUGAACUUAAAAGAAGGAACAUUCCUUUCCCGGCUACAGCCAGGAAAGCUGAACUGUUUAGACUAUUAAACAUUACUGAUGACAACGAGAGGCCAGGCCCUAGUACGGUUUUCAAUGUGCAAAAUAGCCUGGCAGAAUUACACAAUAUGAUGACCUCCCUUGUUUCCUCGGUAGCAACAAUUAACAAUAGGUUAGAUAAUCUUGAGGCAAACAGUAUCACGACCGUUCCAGAAGUUCCCGUGCCAGCUACUGAGCCCACACCUAACUUAGGUAAAGAUAACCCUCUACCAACUAGUAGAGCCACCAAUAUCAUUAACCCUAUUCACCUCAUUCCUCAGUCCCUAAGACGAGACAUUAUAGAGGGGAAGGACGUAAAUCUAGCAUCACUACUGAUUGCUUCACAAGACGUGGUAGAAAACAGGGCCUAUACCUUCGAGGACCUGUCAGUAGUGAUGAAAUCUAGAGACCCGAGACUUAAUAGGAAACUCAAUAUCCCCGAGUUUGUCCUCGCAUUUGGCUUAUACAGAGAUGUCAUCUGUACAACUUUCCCACUAAGGAGAGAGGAGCUUGACUUGUAUCUUCAUAAAGUGAUUGAAUUAGCAUACAAGUACGGCGGCUACGCAUUUUACGACUAUCACAAGUCAUUUUCUUCAAGAUCCGCUGCUUCUCUCUCCCAAUACAAUACCAUUACUGAUUGGGCACAGCUAGACACAGAGUUGUUCCUGAUGCAUUUUGCAGGUCUUAAAACCCCGUCCUGCGCUAUAUGCUCAUCUGCUGCUCAUUCAGUUAACUUCUGUCCAGAGAACGUAGCGACCCCUUCUACCAGUAACGCAAAUUCUGGUUAUCAAUCUAACACUUCACAGAGGGAAGUGAAAGACAAACUGGGAUUUACUAAUGGGUUCCACACAGGCUUCGUGUCACUCCCCACAGGGGUUUUAGAAUGCCCCAACUUGCAGUCGGCACUCACAGACCCAGACAGUAUAUGCGAACUGUUACACAAAGAAAUUUCAAAUGGUUUUAUGAUAGGCCCAUUCUCUACUCCUCCUUUCACUUCCUGGAGGACAAACCCACUAGGUAUCGCCACAGGCAAAUACAACAACAAAAAGCGUUUGAUCAUUGACUUCUCUGCUCCACACUCGUCCCCAACUCCUAGCCUUAAUGCUCUGAUUCCUUCAGAGGACUUUUCCCUGCAAUACGCCAGGAUUGACGAUGCCAUCCAAGCAAUAAUUCAUGCCGGCAGGGCGGCUUGGUUAAAUAACACACCAGAGGAAGUGGCUGAGAUGUUCUCUGCUACCCUGGCAGCUAAUAUUGAAGCGGCUGACCCAGAUAAAAAAGGGGAAGAUAUCAGCAAACGAAAACUUCGUAUAAAGAAGGGAGAUCCCAUGAAUAUAUUUAUUAUCCUGGAUGCAUCAAAAAGUGUUAAAAAAGAAGACUUUAAUACUGCCAAGGAGAGCAGCAUAACGUUCAUAGAGAAGGUUUCCAGCUUUGAUAUCAAACCCCGAUACGCAAUUAUCUCUUAUGCUUCUGAGGCAAUCCCAGUUGUCCGUCUGUCUGACGAAGAGAGUCUGGAAGCAGAUAAAGUGAUAGACAAACUGGAUGAGUUUAAGUAUGGAGCCCAUGGAGAUAUGAAGGGAACUAACACCAGAUCUGCCUUUCGUAGUCUAUAUGAGAUGUUGGUUUUGCAGGAGCUGAGAGAGAAAGCUCAAUUCAUGAAGACCCGAAAUGUCAUUCUGCUCUUUACAGAUGGAAAGUAUAAUAUGGGUGGACAUCCUAAGGUGGAGCUAGACAAAAUCAAACUUUUCCUGGAAAUUGGAAAACCACGGGAAGACUUUCUGGAUGUGUAUGUCUUUGGUUUGGGGGACGGUACCCAUAACAACGAGUUGAACGUUCUUGCAUCAAAGAAGCCUAAUGAACAGCACACGUUCCGCCUGCAGAAUAUAGACCACAUGAAGAAGGCGUUUGACAGCAUAAUAGGUGAGACAGACGCUAUGGAUAUGUGCGGACUCAACAAAGAGAUUAUAGAUGACGUUUUUAAUAAUCCAAAUACUGAUGAAAAUAAGAAGAAAACUCUUGUCAAUGAGAAGUUCCCUUGGAUUGCUAAAAUCACCAUAACUCGUCCUGGGUCUCAAGAAACUUGCAAAGGAUCAAUUUUGACCAAAAACUUUAUCCUGACGGCUGCGCACUGCUUCCAUUUUGAUGAAGAAACAAAGCAUAUCAACGUGCAAGUUGGGACUGAAAGCCUGCCGGUCAAAAACCUUUACCGACAUCCUCAGUUUGACCGAAAUGCCAAGAAGGAUAAAAACAUAAACAGUACAUUUGACUAUGAUGUCGCACUUCUCGAACUAGGUCGGAAGAUUUCCUAUUCAUCAACAGCCAGACCCAUCUGCAUUCCCUGCACUAAAAGCUCAUCGUGGGCCUUAAGGAUGAAGGGAGAACAUAUAACAUGCAAAGAUCAUAAGGACUUUUUAUUUAAGGAAGAGCAGAUCAAGUCACUAUUUAUAGCGGAGGAAGACAAGAAAUUAAUGGAGCAGAAGGAUGUGACAAUAAAGUCAGGAAAUACGAGGUUGGCCUGCCUCCGAGCUACAGAACAAGUCAAGGAAUUCAAGGAUAUAGCUGACAUUCGUGACAUGGUGACUGAUCAGUUCCUCUGCACAGGGGGGACAGAUCCACAUGUGGAACCCCCAACAUGUAAAGGAGAUUCUGGUGGUCCCCUGAUCAUUGAAUAUAAAAAACGAUACAUUCAGGUAGGAAUUAUAAGCUGGGGAUCUGUGAACCAUUGUAUUGGCACCAAAAGGAAAACAACUCCUGUCCCAGAACUUUCCCGGGAUUUCCAUAUCAGCAUUUUGUCCAUGCUGCCCUGGAUAGAGAAGACUGUGACAGAAGAACUUACCUACCUUCCCAAAUGAACACCAUGAUCUUGGACAUCCGGGUGACUCUGUGAUGGAAGGAAUGAAAAUGGAGCCAUGUACUUUCUUUUUAUAAAACGGCUUCCAAAAAAUCUAUAUUUUGUGCUUAUGACAUAUGUAGUAACAAUUUAAUAGUCACUUACAGUUUUGCCAGUAAAAGGUAUGUGAGCUCAAUUGUAUAUAAAAUUAUAAUAAAAAUAAUUGGUUAUAAAUAAA